ACAAUUAUAAUCAUCCCAACAACAACCCUUUCCAUAUAAAAAUUAGGGCUUUUAGAUUCCUCUAUCUAUCUCAAUAACAACUAUACCAAAAACAAGGUCAGUAAAUAAUCUUUCUCAAUUAAUCACAUUUCCAAUUUUUCAGUAAAUUUUGUCCUAAAUUUUUCUUCGAUUUCAAUCGAUAUAAUAAUGAGUCAAAACCACCGAUCUGCUUUAGCAGAUGUAACAAAUCAAAUUGUUAACAAAAGAGAGUUGCUUUCUGAUAAUACUUCUAAUUUUCACUCUGCAAAAAAACAAUGUAUUGGGCCCCACUUUACUAAACAGAUCACCGGGGAGUUCGUUUUACGCCCACACGAAAAAGCGGACAAUAUCGUUUCCGAACCGGUUAAGAAGCCUGAGGAGGGAGAGGAUGGAAAAAGUAGUGGCUCUGAGGGUAUAAUGGUAAUUACAGAGAAAAAGGGGGAAAUUGGUAAUUUGGGGGUGAAUGAUGAGGAAAAUGAUGUAAGUGUGGGUGAUUUGGAGUCAAGUAAAGAUGAGUUUCUUGAUGUUUCGAGAUUUCCUGAAUCGCAGGAGUCGAUAUGUGGGUUGGAGAAAUGCAUUGGGCAAAAGGGUGGUGAUGGAUCGUCGAGUUUGAGUGUCGAUUUGAUCAAAUCUUGCCCGUGUUCUUUUUGCACCAAAGCUGCUUACAUUUGGUCGGAUCUGCAUUACCAAGAUAUGAAAGGCCGGAUAGCUGCGGUAAAGAAGAGUCAGAAAGAAGCGUUCAUUUUGGCACACCAAAAUAGCAGGGAUGUUGCAGCUGGCAGAUACGGCCAAGGAAACUUUGGAAACUACUCAAACUUGGAAUCUGAUCUCUCGGGUCGAUGGAAAUCACUUUUUCUUCAUAUGCAAGAUAUAUUUGUUCAUGAGAGCAACCAACUGGAAACAAACUUAUCUACACUUAAAGAACUAAGAGAUGAUUGCAAGACUGAUCUGGAGAGACAGUAGCCAUCAUAUGUUCCAUCCGUUGUACAAGUUGUGAUAGAUUCUAACUAGCUUGUGCAGGUAAGAAUUCCCUUGAAUUCUUUUAGGAGUAGUGUUGGCGUCCAUAGCCUUAUUUGUCUGAUUUUCUUUUACUUUGUUGGUAUUUGUAACCGUUUGUAUUAUGUCCUUUGUUCCAAAAUAAAUGUCUGUCUGUUGAGAUUUAUAUA